AUGGACAUGAAUUCCACAGACAAAGACCUCGGCGACUCGAUGGGAGAGAUAAGCUUAGCCGGCACAGCAUCGCCAUCGGAAGCCACUAGUAGCCAGCAUCACCUUUCAGGCUCGUCGUCUACAUGGGAUACUCGCCACGGGCCCGCGCCGCCAGCAUACGCCGAACAUGAGCCCAUGCGACAACAAGGGGCCGGCUCGUCUAGCGAAAGGUACGAAGACAGGUCCCUGGGACCCGGGACUUCCACGACUGCACCACGACUUCCCCGCGCCGCCUUCCUCGCCUUCCUCGACGGCCUCAACCGCGUCGCCGUCGCCAGCCCGCCCCUACAGAUCCUCGGGCUCGCCGGCAACGCCCUGGGCCUCGUCCCCAGCGGAAUCGCGCAGAUCGUCGGCGGCGCGAUCGACGCCGCCGCCACGCUGGGGACCAUCGUCGUGUCGAAGGGCGCGACGGGGGUUUCUCUGCGGAAGGCGAACAGGGAGAUCUUUGGGGUGCGGGGGCUGAAGGUUGAGGUUGCAAGGUUGGAGGCGCUGGCGAGGGUUGUGGGCGUGCCGAUUUUGGAUGCGGCGGGGAGGGUAAGGCGGGAUGCGGCGCUGAUGCGGCCGAUUGAGAGUUUGUUUGAGGACGGGGAAGAGGAAGGUGAAGGAGAGGAAGUGGAAGAGGGUGAAGAGGGGGGAGAGGAGGGGGCGCAUACGCAAACUCGGACGCAGACGCGCCCGCAGACCCUAAGCGCGCAACAGCGGCGCCUCCAGGCCCUCGAGCCGUGGAUCGCGCCCCUGGAGCUCGAGGCGCUGCCACCGAUAGACAUGGAGGGCGCCGGCGCGCUUGGCAGGCUGCACACGGCGGUGUCAGAGCGGCAGCGCGCCAGGGGCGAGAGUAAGGUGUUGAAGCGGCGCGGGAAGGCGCUUGAAAAGGGGCGGGAGGAUGUGCGGAAGGCGGAGCGGGAGCGCGAGAAGGAGCUCGCGAAGCUGGACAGGGAGGAGCGGAAGGUGAGGGAGGGGAAAGGGAGGAAAGAAGGUAAGGAGGGAAAGGAGGCGCGGAAGCUAGAAGAGAAGUUGGCUAAGAUUGCUAGGGAGAGGGAGGAAGUCGAGAGGGACUAUGAGAAGGAGAUGGAGAAGGUGGAUAGGGGGGCCAGGAAGCGGGAUAUGGAGGCCAAGGACAUGCAGAAGAUUCUGUGGCUUGUGAUUCGGAAUCUGGAUGCCGAGAAUGUUUCUGGGGAGAACCCGUAUGUGGGAGGGCAAGUUUGA